AUCAAGACCCUCCUUCAAUGAUAAAGAAAAAACAUCAUUUAUCAGAAGAAGAAAAAACUUUACAAAAAUAUUCUUUUAAAGUUGCUGAUAUUCCUCCAUUUUCAAGAAAAGUUACUCUUCCUUCAAAAAAUUCUCAAGUAAUUAAUAAUUUAUCAAAGAAAAAUUCAAAUUAUCCUAUACCGAAGACGAGAUCACAGAUUUUAUCAAAUUGGACUUAUUAUGAUCAGAAAAAAUUUUUAUCAUUUUAUUUAUCUGAAGGAAAAAAUUUCGGUCAACUCGCUAAAUCUUUAAACAAAUCAACAAAAGAAGUUGUUGAAUUUUAUUAUUAUUUUAAAAUGUCUAAGGAAUUUAGAACCGCAAAAUCCAUUAAGAAAGAAUUAGUGAAUUAUUCUUCUAAACUUGAACAGAUUAAUGAUUCUAUAAUUAAAUUAAAACAUUUAUCAAAUGUCGAAAAAUCUAUUUCAUCGCCUACUACAAGAGUAGCUCCAACAAGAGUAACAUUUGCACCUAGUGCUAUAAGUAAAAAGAGAAGGGGAAGACCAAAAAAGAGUUCUCAUGUGCGAGGCGGAAUACAUUAUUAUUAUUAAAUAUCAUUAUUAUUAAAUAUAUAUAUAUAUUAAAU